GACAAAUGUCACUGUCAAAAUGGUCAACAUUUUUACCAGAGACCAAUAAAUAAACACAAUCGUGAAACCUUUUCAAGUUUGAUAAAUUCUGCUAAAUACAAAGUGAUAUCACAAUGUUUUCGCUUAACAAUCAAUUAGAAUUACGAAGAGUGACUAUUUCUGCCCUAAUAACCUGUAUUUAUUUGCCGAGUAUUGUCACAGUUAUAUGCUACAAAGGUUUACUUUACUCGGUCGGCAAGGGAAGUUCAUUUUAUAUCUUAGCAUUGAUCUUUAUCGCGGAACUAUUAAAAUCGUUUUAUUUGAGCUCCUCAAACGACGUACAUGGAAAGAGAAAGCCAAGCAAGAACAGGGCCAGCGAUGUCGUCAAAUCAUUCUUAUUUUUACUUGGAGUGUUGUUUAGUUUUUUCGUUGGGAUAAUCUUAUUUGGCGCGCCCGUGCUCGAUUGCCAUGAAGAAACGCUAAUGCUGUCCACUCUACUCACAUUGUUGACAGCAUUCCCACUUGUGCUGCACUGUGGGGUGGAAUCUUCAAUGCAGUUGAUGUUUGGUGUGAAAACUUACAGCAAGGAUACUAUAGUGGAGAUGCUUAUUAACAACGCAGUGAUGACGGUGUUCGGCGCGUGGAUGGGCGCUGUCGUCAUUCCCCUGGACUGGAACACACCUUGGCAACAGUGGCCCAUACCAUGCUACCUUGGUGCCAUUGGAGUAUAUGUCUUGGCUAAUGUGAUGGCAGUAUGUAAUGUUAGUCUAAUAACUGCGGCACAGAAGUACCCUGCAGUUAAUUCCAUUUUUGUGUUCCUGAAUGAGUACAAAAUGGCAAAAUAGUAUUUUAUAUAAUUUAUUAUUUAUUGUUACCUAUUGUAAAUAUGUUUCAUUUUUUGAAUUAAAUGUGUCAUUAAUUAUUA